AGGAUGAAGCCCUUUCAUACUGCCCUCUCCUUCCUCAUUCUUGCAGCUACUCUUGGAAUCCAGGCCCAGAUCGUACAUGCGACAGAGACAAGAGAAGUCCUGAAGGCAGAGCAAGGACAUCAGAUUUUUAGCCUGGGCUUUCAAGACUCUUCAGACUGCUGCUUAUCCUAUACCUCACGGGUCCAUUGUUCAAGAUAUAAAGAUUAUUUUCCAACCAGUGGUGGGUGCAUCAAGCCAGCCAUCAUCUUUGUCAGCAAGAAGGGGACCUUGGUCUGUGCCAACCCCAGUGAGCUGAGAGUUCAGAAGUGCAUUAAAAGAUUGGAGCAAAACUCACAACCACAGAUCUACAAACAAUAACGUUUGUUUGAGGAGAAGCGUGUAAACUGCCAGCUACUUUCUUUGGUCUUCCCCAAUGAUGACCUAUAAGAGGCUCGAAGCAUUCAUUUUUAUAGGUGUAGAUAAACAUUUAUUUUUCUGUUCCACUUUAAAGCAGCACACCUAGCCUCGUCACAGAGGGGAAACUUGUCUGUGCUAACCUCAGGCAUCUGAAAACUCUAAAAUGCCUGGAAGGUCUGAAGCUGACCUCAAUGACUACGCAUAAUA